AUGAACGUAAAUAUGAGAGAAAAAGACGAACUGGAGUUUAACGGGCCCUGUAAUAAGGUAAAUAACGAUAUGACACCAUCAACUCGUGCGUUGGGGCUAGAUGCGCUGCAUAGUGUCUGCAGAGAGCUCUAUCCUAAUCAGACAAAUCCACUUACUGUCACUGCUAUUUUAAAAUUUUGGCUUGGAGGUCCAGAUCCUUUAGAUUACAUAAGUAUGUAUGAAAAUCCUGGAAAUCCAGAGCUAGGAAUUCCUCCACAUUGGCAUUAUAUUAGCUUGGGACUAUCAGAUCUCCAUGGAGAUGGCAGGUUGCAUGCGAAAAGCAUGCCAGGGCAACCUAGCGGGUUCGGGUUCGAACUAACAUUUCGGCUUCUCCAAGAACCGGAAGAAAAAACGCCACCUACCUGGCCGGCAAAUGUAAUGCAACAAUUGGCUAAGUAUGUCUUCACUUCGGGCAACAUGCUUCUUCCAGGGGACCAUGUGUCCUGGCACUCUCCUCUGGGGAAAGAAAACAGCCGGAUUACUCAAAUAUUGAUGGCCAAGGAUCCCCAGUUACCAGAGUCAGUGUCGACCCCUCACGGAUUGGUUUCCUUCGUCCAAAUAGUCGGCGUGACUCCUGAAGAGCUGCAAGCAGCUCAGCAUUGGAAUGGCCAGGGAAUGAUAAACCUCUUGAAAACCGUCCCUGGAUGCGGUCCUUGGCUGAUCACGAAUGUAAACCGGGCCUACUCAGCAAUGGAGGAUCCAAUGGUGGCCGAGCAGGUCCAAAAUGGAAUCGAGCGGGAGGGUUCCAACCUCAGUGGGGUGUCUGCCAAGUGCUGGUGGGUGCAAAUGGAGAACAACAUCAGUUUGGAGAGCUACCGUGAGAAGAGAAAGGAUUCCGAUGAUGAAGACGACGGCGAUUUCAUCAACAAAUUUGGGAUCAAGACGGAAAGUAUGCAGGACGAUGGUUCUCGGGAUGAUGUGUUUAAUAAUUACAGUCCGACGGUGAAAACUCUCCCGGGGUUGCAUCUGUCCUUCAAUUUAGAAGCCGGAAGGAUUCUUCCUCUUGCUAUCAAGUUAGUAUCUUCAAGAUCUGGUAGAGGAAGAAUAAUGCAUGGAAGGCACUUUACAUUCAAAUCCGUGCUAUCACACACUGCGACGACCUUCGUCGCACCCUCGGUCACGGGGAAAUUUGUAUCUAGUGAUAAGCCAUUUGUAGUCCAAGGUCCCUGGUUGCAGGUUCUUAUCAAUGAUGAGCUUGCCGUCAAAAUGGCCGAAGAGUUUCAAAUAUUUAAUUCGCUAACUCAGGUCCAACUUCCGAAAACAUUUUCCUGGCCAGACUAUAACCUCGCGAUAACAAUCGUAUCCGACUGA